AUGGUCCGCAAGCGCAGGGCGGUCGGUACCGGCAGUACCGGACAGCGACCGAGGAGGGGUCGGCCCUCUAUCCCUGCUGAUGCCGCCAGCCCAGAGGGCACGGUUGAGUCUAGCUUGGCAAUGUCGUCUACAAACACCAGGCCGAAGCGGAAUCCAAGAAGAGCCGCCAAAGAUCCAUGGGAGGAAGAAAAGCUGAUGACGAGUACCAGCUCGCCGCUGGUGGGACUGGAUCUCGUGAAACUGCUUGCCCGCCCCGAAGCUUGGGAUCGUCUCGAGGAAUCUGAGAAACAAGAGAUCUUGAGUUUACUUCCGGAAGGCACACAUCCGAAUCCCUACCCCCCUCCCGGUGAUCCUGAUGCAAAGAUACCCCCCUUGCCCGAAUCGUUCUUGCGUUACUCGAAUCAUUGGCGCGACGGUGUUCGUAAUUUCCAACUAGAUCUCCAAAGCGGUCGUUAUGAUCCAGAUUGGCUGCACCAGGCUGAAGAGGCCAUGACCCAGCGAGCUGCGGGGAAUUUUGAUAAGUUCAAAGAAGAUGAGUAUGAAGAGUUUUGGGGGCAGAAACAAAAGCUCGAUAAGACAAUCAUUGCAGGGCAGAGCUCCCGGGUGAAAUUGCAAACAUUGGUUGAACAAGGGCUCGUUCGCGAAGGUGAUGUGUGGAAGUACUCGCGGGCCUUCUCGAAAGGACCCGGGAGGAUUCUGGUGGAGAAAGAAGCCAAGAUUGUAGCAAUUAAUGGCCCACGUCUGACCUUCGCCAUUCCUCCUGGUCAACGUGUAUUUCUUUCCAAUGUCAAUGGUCGUUCAAACGAUUCUGAAACCAAAGUUCAAACAGAGAACAAUACAUCGGACCGCAGCGAAAUAGAAGGGAGCCAUAUUACUCCAAGCAGCGAAGAGACGCCGUCACAUACGAAUGAAAAGAUCGAGACUGAAUUCGCCGGAAAGCGUAAAUCUGACACUGCACAACCCACGGUUCAAAAAAGGCGCCGAGGACGAGGUAAAACCACGAAAAUCGAAGAACCUCCUGCUUGUGACCCCGUGCCGUCUUCCUCAAAUGACCAAGGGGAGGCCCGGCAAUUAGCAGUGGAAGCUAGGGGCUGUCCAUCAGCAGCAAAAGCAACUUCGGAAACCGGUGAGGCGCAUGCGAACUCGCCCAGAGUACAGAGUGAUGACCAAACGGUGGUCGGCGCGUCACUGCCCGCCAAUGAUUCGGCCAACGAGACACGCCCAUCUAUGAGUACCGAACAGAUCGAAAAUCUAAUCAUACCGAAUAUCACCUGGCCUAACGCGCUCGCAUCAAAAAUCGUCGAGGUCGAUGGCCGGGUAGAGAAAGCUCCCCAUGGAAAUGCCUGGAAAGACUGUCGUUGCUAUAGAAACAACCAGGACAUGGGUAGCUUAUGGGAAGUUAGACAGGCUUGGUUCCUUAAAAAUACAUAG